AUGCAUUUGUGGGAAAAGGGGUUUAUGCCAAAUUAUUGGAUUUGGACAGAACAUGGAGAGAUUGACGACAUAGGGAUUAAUCAGACGGGAUUCAAUAAUUGUGGGGAAGGUGGUUCAGGAAGUGGUGCAAAUGUGGAAGAAUGUGAUAUGUAUGACAUUAGCUGGGAAGAUAACUCCAGAAGGUAUCAUGAAAUGGUUUUCGAUUCUGUUGGUCCAGAGGAUCCUCAUGUAGAGGCUAAAAACUUUUUUGAUCUUCUUGAGGCAGCUCAAAAGCCUUUGUGGGAAGGUUGUGUGCACUCUCAACUAUCGAUAGCUGUUAGAAUGCUAUGCAUUAAGGCCGAGGGAAACCAAUCACAGGAGUCAUUUAAGCAGUGGGCCACCUUAAUUAGGGAAAUUGCUCCUGAGGGUAGUGCCAUACCUGGGGAUUACUAUGAGGCUAAGAAGUUAGUGCAAAAGCUUGGAUUGAAGGCAAUCAAAAUAGAUUGUUGCUCAAACAAUUGCAUGUUGUAUCGAAAAGACGAUGCUGCUCUAACUAGUUGCAAGUUUUGUGAAGCACCUAGAUUCAAGCCUAUUUCCGAUGGUGGUUGUAAGUCCAAGAGAGUUCCUGUCCGACGGAUGCACUACCUACCCUUAAUCCCUAGACUUCGAAGGCUUUAUGUGUCAAUGAGUUCAGCUCCACAUAUGACGUGGCAUAUAAAAAACCAACGUGAUGAUGGUGUUAUGACCCAUCCGUCACAUGGGGAGGCAUGGAAAAGCUUUGACCGUAUCCACUCUGAUUUUUCUUUAGAGCCUAGAAACAUUAGGUUAGGUCUUUGCUCUGAUGGGUUUACCCCAAAUAUCCAAUUUAGCAAGCCUUAUUCUUGUUGGCCCGUAAUUGUAAUUCCAUACAAUCUACCUCCUGGAAUGUGUAUGAAAGAUCCUUACUUGUUCUUGACUUGCUUAAUACCUGGUCCUAAUAACCCUAAAGCCAACAUUGAUGUAUUCUUGGGACCCUUGAUUGACGAAUUAAAUGAGUUGUGGAAUCCUGGUGUUUUGACGUAUGAUAUUGUAGAAAAGAAGAAUUUCGUCUUAAAGGCAGCAUUGAUGUGGACUAUCAAUGAUUUUCCGGCUUAUGGGAUGUUGUCUGGGUGGAUGACACAAGGAAGAUUGUCAUGUCCUAUUUGCAUGGAGGAUACUAAGUCUUUUACACUAUCACAUAGAGGCAAGGCAUCAUGGUUUGAUUGUCAUCGGAGGUUUUUGCCGACAAACCACCCUUAUAGGCGCAAUAAGAAUGACUUCAGGAAGAAUAAAAUAGAAAGUGAAGAGGCCCCUACCAGAUUAAGUGGUUUGGAGAUUUGGCAAAGGAUUAAAGGACUUGAGAAGAUAUCAGAUAAUGGAAAGUGGAUCAAAUCGCGAGAGUAUGGUAUUACUCACAAUUGGACUAAGCAAAGUGUGUUUUGGGAGUUACCUUAUUGGAAGGAUAACCUGGUUCGUCACUAUCUUGAUGUAAUGCACAUAGAGAAGAAUGUGCUUGACAACAUAAUGAAUACUAUUAUGGACAUUGAUAGAACUAAAGAUAAUGAAAAGGCUAGGUUAGACCUGGCUGAACUGUGCAAGCGUCCAGAUUUACAUUUGCGGCAUGUCGGUGAUAAUUGUUGGUCCAAACCUAAGGCAGCUUAUACUUUAACUUCUGAACAACAACAAGACGUGUAUAGGUGGGUGCAACAACUUAGAUUUCCAGAUGGUUAUGCAUCUAACCUUGCUAGAUGUAGAACUACCUACAAAUAUAUGGAAGCCUCUUGCCGAGUUAAGCCAGUUUUUCAAAGACUUGUGUUCAACCACUCUCAAGGUUCAUGA